UUCGAUCUUAAAACUUAGAUACUAAGAACAAGCUAGCCUUUUGAAUAAUUUUCAAAAAUUAGACAAAUACUAUAAUGAGGCAUAUAAUUAUAGCUUUGGCAUUUGGAUAUCUGACGAACCUGUUGAUAUAUGGUUUGCCCGAUGAAAUACCCGAAUCACACAUGUCCGAAAGUAUUAAUGCCGUCUUGCUCAAGUGUCCCCUGGACCCUAAGAACAUGUCCUGUGAGGUGCAGAUUAUUAUUAGUAUACACAUGAAUCCCAGCUUCGAUGUGGAUAAUAUGGAUAAGUUUUGGGUACUAGACGAAGUGUACGAUCCCACAAAAAGAGCGAAUAUGAAAAUAAUAUCUCCCUAUUUGAUAAUGGUUUCCAGGGGCGAGCCCAUUGUAAUGUAUCCUCUUCAGUAUCUUAAAUCUGUGAAUCAGGAAGAUUUUAAAAUGGAUCUCCCAGAGGAGAAAGGGACAACAGAACUUCCACAAGCUACAGACGAGGAGGAUCAGUUGCCCGAAAGUGAUUUUAGAAAAAGCAAUGGUGGCGACUAUGAAAAUGAUUUCGAUGAAGUCGAUGAUAACCGAGUUUAUGAAAAUAACUUGAUGGGUCAAUCAGAUAUGGAAAGCCUUGAAAGUAUUGCAAAUCGUCAUAUAAAUGAAAACCUUAACAACCAUGCAAUUGGUUACAAAAAAUAUUACAAGAUACCCCAUCUGAGCACUGAGUCCAAAUAUAAUGUUCAAGAUCAAUAUCAUCAAUAUCUUGACUAUUCUCCGGACAUUAUGAGGCAUCCCAAAUCAUAUUAUCAAAAACCAAAAUUCCAUAGAUUUUCGCCAAUGCGACGCGUAGGAAAUAACCCAAGAAUAAAACGUGCUGUUUUGAAUCCUGAUAAUAUAGAAGAAAUACAUUCAUCUCAAUUGGCCGAAAAACGAGUUGAUGACGCCCUAAAAAUGUAUAAUUUAAAAAACUUUGAAAUUAACGAUGAAGUUUCCUGUGAUUCAUGUGGUGGCAAAAAUAAAGAAACAACGGAAAAUCCUGAUCCAAGUUUCUGCGCUCCUCUACUGCCGACUGAGAGUAAGGAUAGCAAAAAUGAUGAAUUUUCUUUAAAAAUCAACGAUGAAAUCCCUUGUGAUACUUGUGGUGGAAAAAAUAAAAAACCCGAGGGAAAACCUUUACCUAGUGGCAAGGAAUCCGAAAAAGUUGAAGACUUACAUCCGAAAACUGAAGACGACAAAAAUGAGGAGCUGGAAAAGAAAUCAAUCUCAAAAAUGUUAUUCCCUCCUGAUUUUUAUGAAAUUAAAGUUGACAAGAAUACGGAAAUAUCUUUGUCUAACGAACAUAAUAUCCAUAAUUUAAGUAAAAUACAUUUGGAUGAAAUCGCAAGUGAUUUUUAUUUAAGUUCAAGUGAAAAGCCAGACUUUAAAUUUCCGUCUGGAUUCAUGCCAUUGGAUUUACACUCAAUCGAUGAAAGUUCUUGCGAUACUUGUGGAGGAAAAAAUAAGAAACCAGGUGGUAAGACUUUACCUGGGGGUCUGGAUACUGAUAAGAUUCAGGACUUCCAUAUAAAGUACGAUGAAAGUUCCUGCGACACGUGUGGAGGUAAAAACAAACAGCCCAGUGAAAAACCUUUUCCGGGUAGUUUAGAUUUUCCAAAUGAUUUCCAUCUUCCCUUUGAUAUAUAUGGAGACCACUAUAAAAACCUUGGUGAUGAUUUUUUGCCAGAUGUUGAUAAAAUCAGUUUAGAAGUUAGCAAUGAAGCAUCUUGUGAUACCUGUGGAGGAAAAAACAAGAAACCCGAUCCGAAGCCUUUGCCAGGUUCCCUGGAAGCAGAAAAAAUGCAAAACUUUCAUCUGAAGCUUGAUGAAGAGAUACCCUGUGACACGUGUGGUGGAAAAAAUAAAAAGCCUGGUGGAAAACCUGGAGGUCCCAAAUCAGAACAUCUUUUGGAAAGCAAUGAUGAACUUGUGAUACCUUGCGAAAAAUUGCCCGUUUUAACAACAAAGCUUAGAAUAUUUCGAAGGCGACGCAACACCUGGUGGCGUAUUGUCCCAAUUAUAACUCUCAAUAGCAUGAAUGGUAUAUAUGCUAACGAAAAUAUAUCAGUGGUAUUUACUUCUCACGUGGAUAUACUUCGCAUGGAAAAAUCAAUGGGUUUACUUAACAGCAAACUUGCUAUUCCAAAAAAAGAAAAUCCUGGAUCCGUCUAUACCUUAAAAGAAUAUCAGGACAAUGUUAGAGACAGUGUCCUGCUCGACGACACAGACAAAGAUAUAUCUAUUCGAGAUAUAACAAGUUCCCUGAUAUCCAAACUAGAAAAAUUAAAAAACGAAGGAGUUAAAAAAAUCGAGGGCUUAGGAAAACUUCCAUCUUUUAUAAAUACUUUGGUGAAAUGUCCCCACAAAGACAAGGAUCUUUGCUUGAAUGUUCGCGACGGAAAAGUACCAGAAUUUAGCAUAAAAAUCAAAAUACCCUUUCGAGAGAAUGCUUUUCUUGUUCGAGACAAAAAUUUGGUUAAAAUAGCAAGAAUCGUUACCGAUGCCACCACAAAAGAUGCUCUUCAAAUUUCAGUUGAUGUUAUUAACAAAGGAAUGAAAAGCGAAAAGUUUAGAAUAUUCAUUUGUAAUUGCGAACAAUCCUUUGGGUUGUCGACUACCUCGAGUACCACAAAAUUACUUCUGCCUCACGUUGGAAAAACUGUCACUUUUUUGUUGCCAUUUAUUCGAAGCUUGAAGAAAAAAGGCAAAUUUCGUUGCGAUGUGGUUGUUAAGGCCGCAACCGGCAGCCAAAAUGACGAUUUGAAAGUUGGGGUUGUGGCCAAAAGGUCAAUGGAUAUACAAUUCCAUUCAAGGUGUUUCUGUGUCUGGCGAUGUCAAUGCCACUGCAUGGGCGCAUUAGAAACCUAUAUUAAUUACAAUGUCUGUGAGAAAAUGAGCCAUAAAGCUCAGGAUGAGGCUGGACUUUUAUAUAACUGCCCGCCCGGAAAUGAAAAACAUGAUAUUUGUAUAACUGAUUUGGAAGAAGACAAAAAUGAUGAGAAACCACGUAACUUCAUUCGUAUAUUUUUAAACGUUGUUUUAUUUUUAUUAUGGUUACUCCUAUUUUUGGGUCUUUUAAAAGCAAUUCUAGGCCUUUGUAUUAAACCCAUAGCUCGCUAUGGGUUCGACACCCUUCAACCUGGAAGAAACUUUGAGUGCACAUCGAAAAAACGCAUAUUUUUAAUCAAUCUUUUCUUUUUUAUAAUCUUUUUGUUUGCAUUUUGGUGUAAAUGUUUUCAACCAAGAGCUGAAGAUCUUUUGGUUGCCAGCACCGAAUGGAUGUGUAAAGCCAAUAGCGGUAGUUCUGAAAAAGAACAAUGCGAUGGACAAGCUAGGCUUAUUGGAGGUUACGAUAAUAAUUCUAACGAUCGUUUCUUACAAGCCUUUGGGCCUCUACAUGAAAACGGGUUGUUUGCUGAUGAAAAGCCAGAGGAUGAAGAAAGUACAUUAUUUAUUAUGGAAGUAUUAAAGGAAAGCAAGUCCUCACUAAGCAAAAUGAUGAGUCAAUCUGCGUCCUACAGACAAAUGAUUGAGGAAAGGACAGACGACACCGUCGUAGUAAGAGAAGCCGAAGAAUUAGUAGAUACCCUAAGAAAUGCCCAUGUUGUUUACAGGAUCUUAAGUUUACCAAUGGGCGGGAACACUGACCCUUUAUCGGAAUCUAAAUAUUGUGUGAAGGGCUACUUUUUGCCAUCAAUCAAUUCCACAUAUGAGUUCCUGAGCUGCCAUCCAUAUGGUCAGACCGUGGGGGUCCCUGGAGAGAAUGAAGUCGAGGAAGAGGAAAUAUCCAAUUUCUUUCACACAGAUGAAUUCUCCAAAAUAUACGCUAAUAAAAUGGAGGUUUACGAAGCAGGUGACCUCUUUGCAGUUUGUCCCGAUGACGUUCAAUGCAUAAAUAUGAACAGACAGACUUAUUUAGAAAACUCGUUUGUCAAGCUCUCCACUCAACAAUCGCAAUUGAAAACCAAUAGAUAUGAAUAAGCAAAUAUAUUUUGUAUUAAUCAUUUAUAAUAAAUACACAAGCUAUUUAAAAAUAAAUACAAUUUAAAACUGAUCAUUUUCAACACAG